AUUUUCAAUUGGGCUUUGAAAGCCUGACCCAAAACCACACUAGGGUUUUUAGGAUUUACAAUCGUCUCUUCCCAUCACUCUCUUCCACAAGCCCUAUUCUUCGUUCCUCACCUCUUCUGCUUUAUAGAUAUCUUCGCGAAACGAGAUUUACAGCGCAGGAAAAGAUGCAGAACGAAGAGGGUCAGAUCACCGAGCUUUACAUUCCCAGGAAAUGCUCUGCCACAAACAGAUUGAUAACUGCAAAGGACCAUGCUUCGGUUCAGAUCAACAUUGGUCAUUUGGAUGAGAGCGGCGUCUACAAUGGCCAGUUCUCCACCUACGCCCUUUGCGGUUACAUCCGUGCACAGGGGGAUGCUGACAGUGCAAUAGAUCGCCUGUGGCAGAAAAAGAAGGCUGAGAUUAAGCAACACUAGAUGCGAAAGAUAGUUUGUUACAUUUUCUAGUUCGAUUCUUGUCAGAGAUAUAUUUGAGUAUGAUGUUCUACUUAUUGCAAUACUCAGUUUUAAAUCUCCUUUGGUACCUUCAGCUAUAAUAGUGCAUUGAAAAACAUUUGGUUGUUUCUAA